AAACACAAAUGCGUGUCAUUAAAGUAGGCACGCAAUAAAAUUUUAAUUUAAUUAGAUUCGACAGAAUUUUUGAUCACAAAGUUUCGAAACAUGAACGCCCACCUAAAAGUGCUUACCCGACUUUUGUUGGCCAUUCUUCUAAUAUCAUUGGUUUCCACCAUCUUUUUGGGUAAUCGAAUACACAGACGCGUGGUGGUGUCCAUAGAACAACCCACACAGAGAGUAAGACCUUCUCAAGGAAACAUAACGAAAAUCCCGUUGUGGGCUAUAACCAUAGCCCAGUCAGCGAUAUCCCAAAACGAAUUAAAUAUCCUAAGAGUCCAACGCAAUGGUACCUUCAUCCUUCCUGUGCCAAAGGGUAUUCGCAAGGAUUGGCAUGACUAUGAGGCGAUGAAAGAAGAUUCAUUGCGAAUCGGUCUGGGGGAGCAGGGAAAGCCGGCUGAGUUGAAUGAUCCCCUGGAUGAAGAAUUAAUAAACGAAUUGCAAGAUCAACAUGGUUUCAACGGUUUACUUUCUGAUCGUAUUUCAUUAAAUCGAUCUCUUCCUGAUGCCCGUCCUGUUGGUUGCAAGGAUCGAAAGUAUUCGGAGAAACUGCCAAAAGCUUCUGUCAUCAUAGUUUUUCACAACGAGCAUUUGAGUGCACUUUUGAGAUCCAUCCAUAGCAUCGUUAACCGAAGUCCCUCCAUUCUAUUGGAAGAGGUGAUUCUUGUCGAUGAUGCCAGUACAUUAAAAAAUUUGGGAGAAAAUCUGGAUAAAUAUUUGGGUCAAAACUUUCCAAACAUCACUAAGUUAAUACGAAUGAAAGCCAGAGAGGGUCUGGUCAAAUCUAGGCUUCGAGGAGCUGGCAUUGCCGCUGGUCAGGUUUUAAUUUUUAUGGAUUCUCACAUUGAAGUUGGUUACAAUUGGCUCCCACCUCUCCUAGAACCAAUAGUUAUUCAUCCAUAUAUUGUUACCAGUCCCAUCUUUGAUUCUAUCACCGCUUCAACACUGGAAUACGGAUUUGGUCCAGAGGUUUUUCGUUCGGGAUUCGAUUGGAGCUUUCAGAUUAAGUAUAUGAAAACAAUUGGUACUGAUAUGGGCGAUGGAUCGAACCCGUAUCGUACCCCAUUGGUUGUGGGGGCAGUGGCCAUUGACAGGACCUUCUUUUGGGGCUUGGGCGGCUUUGAUGAUCAGCUAGACAUCUGGGGUGGCGAGGAGUUCGAACUGAGCUUCAAGGUAUGGAUGUGUGGGGGCAUGGGGCUUCACGUUCCAUGUUCCCGGAUUGGUCAUAUUAGCCGGCGAGGAAUGUCGCCAAAAAAAAGCGCAAGGAACUACAACUUCGUUAUUAGGAACUACAAGCGCGUGGCCGAGAUCUGGAUGGAUGACUAUAAAAAGUAUGUAUACGAAAGGAAUCCCGAAGUCUACAAGAGUGCCGAUGCAGGACAACUAGCGGCCCGUCGAACUUUACGGAAGGAGUUGCGCUGCCAGUCCUUCGAUUGGUACAUGCACAAUGUGGCCAAUGAUGUCCUUGAAAACUUUCCACCCAUUGAGCCCCCACCAUUAGCCAGCGGAUCCAUUCGAAAUGUUGGCUUUCCCGAACUCUGCAUCCAUGCCAAAAGUCGCUAUGGAUAUGGCCCUUCGGUCCUUUCACCCUGCCUGGGGAAUUCAACUCAUCCGGGCGAGCGGCAGAAUUGGGAUCUUACUCAUAAGCACGAAAUCAGACUUAAUCAUAGCAACGAUUGUUUGGAAGCCCAUGGGGAUCAGAAGAAUGUCGCUAUUUGGGUGUAUCGCUGCCAUAGUCUUGGGGGAAAUCAGUUCUGGAAUUAUAAUGAAAAGAUACACUGGCUGACACUGGGUUCGUGGGGCUUGUGCCUGGAAGCGGCAUGGACCAAGGGAUCGAAACAAGGAAAAAUUGAGAUCAAAAGGUGCAAGAAGUAUAAUAAUUUUCAAAAGUGGACAUUUUCAGACUCGGCGUUGAAAAUGCUUGUGGUUAGGCCAACUAGGAUGUAAGAGUAAAUAAAUUUUGUUUUUGGCCUUGCAA